GUAAGGAAAGACAACUCUUGAUAUAUUUUCUGGAUUAAGAAAACUGAUGCCUUUUUAUAAUCCUAUAUCUAUUUUAUACCAUUAAGGAUUAAUAUAGAUUAAUUUGAACGUACUGAUUGAAGGAAUGGCAAGUGCUAGUGAUGCUCAGCAAGAAGGUUCAGUUACAGAAACUGUUGAAAAACAAGAAGAAAGUAAUCAUGAAGUUUUACAUUUAAGAUUACAUAAACCAAAACCUGACAAAAAAGUGAAAUGGACAAAUAGUACUGUUGAUAAUGAACACAUGAAUAAAAAGAAAUCAAAAUGUUGUUGUAUCUAUGAAAAACCCAAGUUAUUUGGUGAAUCAUCUUCUGAAGAUGAAGAUGAUGAUUGUACACACAAUUGUCAAGGUCAUAAAAAGAAAUGUUACCAGAGUCAUGAUGAUCAUGAUCAUGGAGAAGGAGCAUCAGGAGGCGGUAAUGAUGGAAUGGUAGCAAGCUGAUUAUUCAUUAUAAUUAUAAACUAUAUUGUGAAAUUAUUGUCUUUCAUAUUAUUAAAUUAUAGUGAUAUUGUACUUAUUGAUCAGAACAUCAGUCCUGAUGUCAUUAUGGUAUUAUUCCUAAUCAGAAAAACUGUAUUUAAAUGUUAUUACAGUUUAGAUAUUAGACAUCAUUGUAAAGUUCUGUGCUAUUGUUUUUAUUACUAGUAAUUGUUUUUAUUAUGUGUAAAUAGCUUUCAUUAUGGUAUUUAUUUAUCUGUACGUAAUUUCAUAAGGCUUUAUAAACAAUAUUUGUCGCGAAACAUUUACUGUAAUGAUGUUACAUUGCUUUUUGAAUAUUAUUGAUGUAAUAAUAAUAAUAAUAAUCACUUUAUUAGGGUACGAAAUUAGGCCAAGAUGCCUUUCUAGCAUGGAUUUAUCAUUUCCUGAAGAUAUGCCUACUGUAAAGGGUAUAUGAAUGAAAAAUUCGAAGGUUCCACUGAUAAUGGUCCAGCAUUAUAUAUAUUUGGUUAUCUUUCAUGAGAAUAUCUUGACAAAAAUACCUUUGACAUUGAGGAGAUACAGAUUCUUAUUUGUGUAUUCUCCAUUCCUCUACCCUGAAUAAGCUUUUCUGUAAAAAUAUGUUCAAAGAGGACUAAAUACAUUUUGUCUGUGUUUAUUUU